CCGCCCCGCCCCCUGCCUGAAGAAGGGAAGCACCGCCUGAGGGGGCGAAGGAGGAGCGGCCGCCAGGUGGCUCUUCUGCGUCGCAUGUAAACAAACGGCCCCGUUUCCCCGGAGCUGCCGGUUCGGCGUGAGGAGAAGCCGGUGGGGAUCCCGCUCUCCCCGCCCGCUUGCGCGGCCUCUUUCCUCAAGGCGCCUCCCCGGCUCCCUGGGCGGGGGAGGAACCGGCGCUCUGCACAUGCUCUAGGGCACCGCCGCCGCCGCUGAAAAGGCCCGAGCAGCGGGGCGCCCUCCCCGGGGGGCUGGGGGUUUAGCGUCGAAGAGGCGCCUUCCGAGCAGGGGGGGGCAACUUGGACUAUUGAGGGGGCAGGAAAUGUCUGGACCGCUUCAAGAGAUGUCUCAGGGGGCAGAUGAGCUCUCUCAGGAUAUGGCAGACCCCCUCGAAGAAAUGGACACGUCGGAUACCCAGUGGGGUUGGUUUUACUUGGCUGAAUGUGGCAAGUGGCAUAUGUUUGAGACUGAUUCUACUAGCCAGUGUUCACUUAGCAGUGAAGACAUUGAAGGGAUGUUCAAAAUUAAUCCACAAGGUUCCAUUUCUUUUACAACUGCAAAAUUCGACUAUGUGCUGGACUUUUCAGGGAUGAAACAAACUAACCAAACAACUGGAAAAGAACGUCCCAUAAAAAGAGCUCCAUUUUCUAUCACUGCCUUCAGUUUCAUCUGUGAAAACCAGUCUAUCCCCAUGCCUUCACACUGGGAGAAUGUAAAUUCAGAAGAGCCAUACCAGCUAAUUACUUUGCAUAAGCUGACAAAUGAAUAUAAGGAGGUUGCUGGUCAGUUUGGGAAAACAAUGGAUAGUAAUCGGAUUAGAAGAAUUCAGAGAAUUCAGAAUCUAGACCUGUGGGAAUUCUUUUGCAGGAAAAAGGCUCAGCUAAAGAAGAAAAGAGGUGUCUCCUUCAUUAAUGAACAUAUGCUGUUUCAUGGCACCAGUAGUGAAUUCGUGGAAGCUAUCUGCAUUCAUAACUUUGACUGGAGAAUCAAUGGCAUGCAUGCUGCUGUAUAUGGAAAAGGGACGUAUUUUGCAAGGGAUGCUUUAUAUUCCAGCCGCUUCUGCAAAGAUGACUUGAAGCAUGGCAGCACGUUACAGAUUCAUGGAGUUGACCUGCAACUUCAGAUGUUUUGGAAGCAUAAAGUGAUGUUUCUCGCUCGUGUAUUGACGGGGGACUAUGUCAGUGGGGACUCCAAAUACGUGAGACCACCUUCAAAAGACGGGAGCUUUGUGAAUUUAUAUGACAGCUGUGUAGACAGCACCUGGAACCCAAGGAUUUUUGUCAUCUUUGAUGCCAACCAGAUCUAUCCAGAAUAUUUAAUAGAGUUCAGCUGACUGAGCUGAGUGGCAGUAUUUAAUUUGUUUGCUAAAGAAAAUAAAACUUACUUCGUGGAUAAGUGUUUGGCAGAAUGGAAGUAUAAAGCUUGA